AUGGGUAUUAAACAUCUGUACCAAGUGAUCUCCGAGAAUGCCCCCGAUGCGAUCAAAACGGGCGAAAUCAAGAAUCACUUCGGCCGCAAGGUCGCGAUUGAUGCGUCGAUGAGCAUCUACAGUUUCCUGAUCGCUGUUCGUUCAGAAGGUCAACAGCUCCAGAGUGAGUCCGGCGAGACCACCUCCCACCUAAUGGGCAUGUUCUACCGCACACUCCGAAUGGUGGACAACGGCAUCAAGCCUCUGUACGUGUUCGACGGUGCCCCACCGAAGCUCAAGUCCGGCGAGCUGGCGAAGCGUGUCGCACGCAAGGCUGAAGCCCACGAGGCCCACGAGGAAGCCAAGGAAACUGGUACGGCAGAGGAUAUUGAAAAGUUUUCGCGACGAACCGUCCGCGUCACUCGGGAGCACAACGCGGAGUGCAAGAAGCUGCUCGAGCUGAUGGGAAUUCCUCAUAUUACUGCCCCGACAGAAGCCGAGGCUCAAUGUGCUGUUCUGGCCCGUGCGGGCAAGGUGUAUGGCGCUGCGUCUGAGGAUAUGGAUACACUGUGCUUCGAGUCGCCGAUUCUCUUGCGCCACCUCACUUUCAGUGAGCAGCGCAAGGAGCCCAUUCAGGAAAUCCACCUGGACCGGGCGCUUGAGGGUUUAGACAUGGAUCGUGCACAGUUUAUCGAUCUCUGUAUUCUGCUGGGCUGUGACUAUUUGGAACCCAUCCCCAAGGUGGGAGCCCACACCGCUCUCAACUUGAUCAAAGAGCACAAGUCCAUCGAGAAGGUGCUGGAGUUUAUGAAGAACGACCCUAAGCAGAAGUUUGUAGUCCCGGAGGACUGGCCAUACCAAGAUGCCCGGGACUUGUUCACCGAUCCGGACGUCCAUGCCGCUGAUCACCCAGACUGUGACUUUAAGUGGGAUGCCCCUAACGUUGAAGGUCUGAUUGAUUUCCUGGUCAAGGACAAGGGAUUCAAUGAGGAUCGCGUGCGCAAUGGUGCGGCGCGUCUAUCCAAGCACCUCAAAUCCGCCCAACAGUCCCGGCUGGAAGGAUUCUUCAAGCCUGUCGCUCGCACCGACGACCAGAAGGCGUCUCUCAAGCGCAAGCAUGAUGAGAAGCUCCAGCAACAAAAGAAGAAAAAGAAGGAUGACGCAAAGGCCAAAAAGGAUGCCAAGUCCAAGCCGCGUGGAGCGGCCUAA